AUGACGCCUGCUGAGCCGACCGCUGCCGGCGGUGACGCCGCGGCGCAUGCGGAGCGGCAUGCCCGCGCCCGCACGCACAUGACGGACAUUGGCGACUCGAAGCGAACCGUUGCGUUCAAGGAGUACAAACGUUCGUGGCUCACGCCGUUCUUUGGCGCCAAUGAGCCAGAGGCGCAGCUCGCGUCGAGCACAGCGCACCCGUGUCGACUGUUUAGCCAGCAGGUGCACGAGUGCCUCGAGCGCCACGGCAACAACGUGGAUUUCUGUCAGUCAAAGUUAGCGCUCUUUGAGUCGUGCCUGAAUGAGUUUAAGUUGUAG